CACCACACCACACCACACCACACCACACCCCACCACAACGAUGGACGACGGAGGUAGCCGACGAUUCUUUGGUCAAUACACGACCAUCGCCAACGAGAUUGCGCGAAACCUGGACGCCUAUGCCGACCACCAAACGUUGGCAGAGCUGACACAGAACGCGGACGAUGCUGGCGCACGUCGUGUUGGAUUCAUGCUGGAUGCCAGGUCACACGGCACCGAGAAGCUCCUGAAGCAUGACGGAUCCCACAAUCGCCUGGACGACCUACAAGGACCCGCGUUGCUGGCGUUUGAUUCCGCCGUCUUCAAAGCAGAUGACUUUGACGGCCUGCGAGCGUUUGGACGGGGUGGCAAGCGCUUUGAUCCCACCAAGACGGGCAAGUUUGGCCUCGGCUUCAACUCGGUGUAUCACCUCACAGAGGCCCCACUCUUUGUUUCGGGCGAGCACUUGGUCAUGCUUGAUCCACAGUACAAGUUCCUCCCAGGCCUCUCCAGAGCGCAUGAGCCCGGGCUUCAAGUCCACUUGCCGACGGAGGAUCGUGGCGCCAUAUCGGACCAGCUUGCACCAUUCAAUGUUCCGGAGUUUGGGUGCAAUCUUGACGGUGAUGCGGGCAGGUUCAACGGAACGCUGUUCCGAUUUCCCCUUCGCACAGAGGACCAGGCCGAGACGAGCGAGUUGCGACCGGGAAACCCAUACACCGUCGAUGACGUGUUGCACCUCUUCACCGAGUUCAAAAAGGAGGCAGCCGAGCUGUUGCUCUUCUUGCAUCAUGUCGAGUGCAUUGAGCUGUGGAUUUGGGACCCUUCAGCUUCGCAGCCCUCCUGUGUGUUCAAGGUUGAAACGACGGGCGCAAACCUCGAAAAGCGCGCAGAGCUUGCAACGUGGCUUCGGACAUCGCUGGAUGCAUGGGCCCAGAAGCAUGGAAAGCCGUGGAAGGAAUGCCCACACGCCCUAACCGACAUUCUCAAGUCCAUUCACAAGCCGAAGCAGACAUUGCCUCGUUCAAGCAUCUUGCACAACAUUCACACCUACGAGAACGGGGAGCGCGUGUGCACCACAUCAUGGUGGCUGCGCCAGGGCGUCGGCCUGAACAAGGCCUUCCGCUACAGCUGCAACGCCUCCACGUCAGCAACAGACAAACCGCUGUGGCCGAUUGGCUGCGUUGCCGCCCGUAUCAGCACCACCAUCCACACCACCAGCGGCACCCACGAUCCCACAGAUCCCACGCAUUCCUCAUGCGCACGCGCACACGCGCACACAACGCCGCUGCCGCUUCAAGGCCGAGCCUUUGCAACCCUGCCUACGGAGGUGAGCACGGGCUACCCCGUCCACGUCAACGCUCGGUGGUGUCUCAUGGACAACCGGCAGGCACUGCAGACGUCACAGGCGGCGUCACACAAGCGCAUGAGCGACUUCAACCGCGUGCUUAUCCAGGACACGCUUGCCCACCUCUGGGCAGAACUCUUGCUUGAGCUGCGCGAGCUUGGGCUCAGCGCUGCCACAUACUACGCCCUCUGGCCAGGCAGCGACAGCACUCCUUUGGCGGAGCCGUGGUCACUUGUUCUCAGUCCCUUUUACAAACACAUGCACAAGAACGCCUCCUGCAUGCUCAUGCGCUCGCCGUUGUCCCAGCACCCCGCCGCCGCACACCACCACCAACAACCACCACCACCACAGCAGCAGCAGCAGCAGCAGUGGAAGCAGGCGAGCGAGGUGGAGUUUGACGACAUCACAUCGAGCCAUCUUCUUCAUCUCAACGGGGACAGGCGGGGUGUUGCGUGGCGGCGAUGGUCCCAUCUCAUGCUCCUCGCUGGUGUCGUCAACAACGGCCACCACCUCGACGGACGACCACGUUCGCUCGAAGAAGCGACAAGUUUGCCGCCACUGCAACGGUUUCGGAUGAUUGCACGCGUGAUCAUUCGCCAGUUGCGUUGCGUUGGCAAUGUUGUGCACGCACUCGCUGCAGAUGGCUUUCCGCUCACCUCCACCCCGGGUUUUGUUCGCGAGCACUUUCGCAAGGCGAAGCUGGACACAACCGCCACCACACCAGCAAGCGUUGCAGCCUUCUAUCGCGGCGUGGCCCUGCCUCAGCGCCGCACACCGCUGCACAGCACCCCCGUGCCCAGUCUACACAACGCAGAGAGCAUUGCUGCAAUUGUGCGCUACUGCUUGAGCGAGCGAACAAAUCAUCGGCGACCUCACUGUCUUGUCGGCACCCCGCUCCUGGCCAUGGCCGAUGGCACGCUGGCGGAGUUUGGUGUCGCGUGCCAUCCCGAGCACGGAAACGCCCUGCUGUCUGCAUCUCCGCAUGUGGAUCGCCUGCUUGGGCCAGUUGCGCGCACGAUUGUUGCACACCCCGCCAUCACAAACGUCCUCCUUCACGCAGCAGAUGACAACACCCUGCAAGAGUUGGCUGUGAGCAAGUUGAGUGCCGGAACGCUGCACACCCUCAUCAGCAGCUCCCUUCCGCCACAUCUCGUCUGCAACACAGCUCCAAUCGAAUGGACGAGUGACUUGGAGUCCAGUGUAGACACGUCGCGGUUUGUUGCGCCGUCACGCGAGUGGGUGGAGGCAUUCUACGCGGUGCUUGCUGUGAUGGUGCAACAGGACAUUGAACCGGCCACCGUGCUCAACACAUUCAAGGACAUCCCUGUUGUGCCUGCAUGCGCACACAAGCACAACGGCGAGCCGGCCGCUGCGCUGCUCGGUGACAGUCACGAGUCGUCAUUCGUGGCACCGCCAGAAUAUCUAGCAACCGUGCGCGUUGCACGCACGUGUGUACUUCGCUUUCCGCGCAGCGCUGAGGGCGACGACAUUGCUCUCUCGGAUUCCAUGUCGCACCUGUGUGCCAUUGCCUCCACCUUUGGCGUGCGUUUCCUGUUGGAGGACGUCAUGGACACGCACGUGCUCAAGCUUCCGUUCCCGACACUCAGCCCGUCGGCACUCAUCACCAUCCUCGCACAUCUGUAUCAAGAGCAGCAGCAGCAGCAAGGUGCCGUCCACGCGGUGGUCGAAGGUGAAGAUGGUGCUGCCGCUGUCCCGUUCUCACAGCCGCGUGCGAGGGAUGUGGCGUGCAUACUUCGCUACUGCGAGCAAGGCGCAGAUGACCUCACAGAGGAGGACUUGAGCGCGCUCAAGACGCUGCCGUUCUUCGAGGUGGAUGAGGUGCAAACAGCCACCGAUGUGCAACAACACGGCGGGCCCAGCACCGCGAAUGGGACCGACGCUUCCGUCCGGUCCUCGUCGUCAUCCUCGUCUUCGUCAUUGUCAGCCCAUGGUGCACAGCUGCGCCGCUCACGCGACCAACUCGCGCCCGGCCGCCGCAACAGACGCCUCCCUCCUGUCCCCGGUGGCAGCAGGCGAGCAGGUGAUACACAGCCCUCCACCAGCCGUCACCGCGACAGCGCGGAUUCGUCGAGCUUGCGGGGCAGCACACUGGCAGCUUCCGCGGACCACAACAACGGCUAUGGCGAGGAUGAUGAUGAUGCAGAGGACAACGGCAGCACACGCUUCAUCUCCAUUGCGCACCUGACGGCACCACGCGAGCUGCCGGCGCGUGCGUGGACGGCGUUCCUCGGCGAUGCGCAGCUUCUCAAGUCCAAGGCAGGCGUGUGCCCUCGGCUGUACGAGCGGCUUGGCAUUCGCCCGCUGGAGGAGGGCGAGUACUACACCACGUAUGUGUUUCCCGCGCUGCCGCGCCUGACGCUUGAAGAGCGACUGCGCGUCAUGCACGAGAUCAGCAACAACCCGCGCCUGCUUGAGGACGAGGGCGUGCUUGCUGCUCUCCGCACCAUCCCGUUUGUGCCCGUGCGAUCAGGCGAGGUGGUGGCGCCCACGGACGCGUAUGCGUCGGUGUCAUUCUUCUACGACCUGUUUCCUCAGCGCGUGGUGGAUGUGGAGAAGGUUGCGGGAAGGCGGUGGUUUGUUCCGUUUGCGGAACGCGCGGGGCUGGUGACGACGGUGACGCCAAAUGUGAUCGUUGCUGCUGCCCGCAUGGCUGCCGAGGAAAAGAGCCAACGCAUGACAGAUGCCAUUCUCCGCUUCGUCAGUCUACACGGCUCGACGUUUGAGCGGGACCCCACCCUCUCCACCGCCCUCGCCUCCAUCCCCUUCCUGUAUCCCGACGUCCCUCAAGAUCCGCAGCUGCAGGCGCUGCUGCCAUACGAUUGCGCGGCCUGGUACUGCCCCUCGGAAAUCUUCAUCCCUUCAAGCAAGGAGAACAGCCUUCUCGUGUGGAGCCAAGUUCCCAUCACGCCGCCUCAGUAUUCGCUGAGGGUGAUUGAGGGGUGCUCUGCAACACCCGAAACAGUCGCAAAACACCUCCGCUUCUGUUCGGCUCUUGAAAGUGAUGUGCUGCGCAAGUUUACCACUUGGAUGCGCUUUCGAAAUGUGGAGAACCUCGUGUGGCCGUGCUACCGCUUCUUCUCCCAGCUGCUUGAGGAGCAGCCUGUGGCCGAGGUGAAGCAGCUGCUGCAGGAGGGAAACUUGGCGCUCGUGAUGGACCACUCCGAGACAGACCCGGUCACCGCGCGCCCGCGGCUGAAGCCAAUUUUUGUGAGCGCAAGUUGCGUGUUUGACGAGCUGCUGCCACCUGGGCUGCCGCCGUUUGCCUACCCGACAUCCAUGCUAACCCGCAGCGCGAUGGAGGACAAUGCGCUGCUUGAUGCCAUGGGCGUGCGCAAGGCGCCGUCCCUGGAGGAUCUUGUUCGCUGGCUUGCCCAGUACGCACAGCGCGCACAGGGCGAGCCUUUGGAUGACAAGACAACCCAAUAUGUCACGCACAUUUUCGGCCUCCUUGAAAAACACGAAGCCAUCAUCAAAGCACACAAUGUCACCAGCCAAGAAUACUUUUUUGCACUGACGGCCCAGAACAAGCUGAUGCCAGCCAAGUUUGUGGUGGUUGACGAUGCGCCAUGGUUGAGGAAUCGAAUUGACACUUCAAGCAUCUUCUCCGUUCAUCCACGCAUCGCCACCAUCGCCAAGAGAAUUGGCAUCCUCGGCCUCAGCCAGGCUGUGGAGGAGCGCCUGCAUGCAAACUACGCACCCGAAGCCGUUCGAGACCGCAGCGCAAACAUCGUCAGCCAAUGUCAAACUUGGCAAACCACGCUGCGGAGCCGCGAGUUUCGGAUUGCGGUGUUGAGGAUCGUCGCCCACGAGUCUGUCUCCCUCCCAUUCCGCGCAAUGACAACAGCAGGAGGAGGAGGAGGAGGAGAUGCAGGCAGCGACAUGUCGCUUCCUCAGGCGCCGGGUGCAGCUUCGGCCCAGGCGUCCAGCCAACGCAACAGCAAACAGCAGCUGCGCGCUCAGCUGGUUCGGCUGCAGCGGGCGGAGAUUGUGCCCGUCAACUUUGUUGAGAGCGAAUUCCUUCUUCUCUCCACUGGACAGGACAUCACGAGGCAGUCACGCGGGUCCCCCUGCGUGGCGGCGCGUGUGCCAGAUCAAGAAGGAAGGGAGCGGGUGGUCUUCUAUCUCGACACCUCGUUUCCUCGCUUCAUGCGCCUCUCAGCGCUCAUCAUGACUCUCAACCGUUUUCUCGACUCGACCGUCCACAACCUACAGACGCUUGAGAAGGUCCUCGAGUCAGCAUCCCACGAAGUGGAAAAGACGCUGGACUUCCUGCACGUGACCAAGGUGUCAGCUGAUGAGCUGGGCGAGGCACUCAAGACGGCAGACGCGAGCGAGCUGGAUCGCCUGGCGCCGCUCACUCCAAGUCAGCUGAUUGCAUUUCCGCUUGGCGGUGACGUGGUGGUGCGCCGACAAGCGGACGGGUUGCAUGUUCACGGCGUGCUGCUGGACUUCGACCCAGAGCACGAUACUGCGCACAUUGAGUUGUCGGAUGGCACCACGCUUGACGCAGCGCCUGGCCAGAUGUUCCGCGUCAUGCAAGCGGAUGAGCAUGCACAGGCUGUGCGGGAUGCUGCUGCCGCCGCCCGACGAAAACGCACUGCACAUGCAAGCGCAGCUGCGUCGGCGACUACCGGCAGAGACCGUUCGUCGGAGAGAACUGCACCUGCAGAGGAUGUUGAGCGGGAGGCAGCGGCGGUGAUUGGUGAGGACUACGACGAGACAAAACAAGAGGCAGAAGACGCCAUUCGCCAGGAGUUCAAAGACGCUUUGGCAGGGCAGCCCGUGCAACGCCAGCGGUAUGAGCCACUGGACCCACAGUGGCUGGAGAAAGAGGAGGCGGUUGUGGCGCAGUUGAAGGAUCGUUACGAGCAUCUGCGCACGACACUGGAGCCAGAGGAGCCCGGUGUUGACGACGUCCUCGUCGAGGCCGGAUUUCCGGUGCCUGAGGCGGGACAGGAUGCACGUUUGCGAAACGCCAGCGUGGAAGUGUCCACGCGUGUGCGUCGCGGAUACGAUCUCGUUCGUCUCACCAACAUUGACGGGGUGGCGAUCUUUCACUCGAGGAACCAGAUUGCAGAAGGCCGCUUGCAACUCUUUCAGCAGUGCGUGCGCAUUCUCAAAGAAGUUUCAGACGUGUUUUCCUAUGACGCCAGAUACGUCACACUCUUCUACCAGGAGGAGGCCCAGUCACGGUUCAUCAAGCAGAAGCUGCUGUACAACAUCUGGCCCAUUGAAGAGCAUGCAAAGGCGCACGGCGUGCAGGACGUGGCCAGCGACCCCUUUGCUUACAUGUACUUCUAUGGCCUUCACAUUCACAAGCUGGCCCACUUCCACGACAUUGUGCACGGGACGAGGCACGACUACUUCAUGAACGAGCUUCGCAUUGAGUUUCUUGACGAGUGGCUGGCUCUGCUUGACAGCAAAGGCUUUGAUGCUGAGGCGUUGGAGCAGUCGGAGUUGGGAGAACGCUGUCUGCGACAUGUUGUGUUCUAACUAUCUGUGGUUGUUGGCCUCAUGCGUCAGACAAUCACGAGCGUUCAGCUUGUGUCGUGUUGUGUCCUGUUUCCUUUUCUGUUUCUUUCUCUCUUGCCUUGUUUCUGUUACAUCUCCACCCUUGGCUUGCCAUAUCGUUUUCGCGGUACAAUGAGCGAGUGAGAGUACAUGAUACAGUAAGUGAUGUUCGAAUGUCUAAAAUGACCACAUGCGAGAUGAAAACACACAGAUGAUGAUAAACAACACUGACAGUGGCUUAUUCACAUCAGGCAAACUCAAA